AAAAAUUCCAAAAAAAAAAAAAAAAAAAUCGCAUUAAAACACACACGGAAGUCGAAAAAAAAAAAAAUGUAAUUAAAAAAAAAAUAAAAAUAAAAUCCUUCUUCUUCUUUCUAUCCCUCGUGUUUUUUUAAAACAGAGAAAAAAAAAAAAGUUUAUAUUUCGAUGCCUCUUUCAAGACAAAAGAAUGAUCAUACAGUGGAUACAGGAGAAUUACCUCGACAUGAUGGCAUUCACCCAUUUCAACUUCCCGCACCCAAAGAUAAGAAGAGAGGCAUAUUUCGAUUUGGAAGAAAAAAGAGUCGAUCUGACAUUGCAGCGUCUAUUUUCGGUUCUUCAACUCACGUCAAUGACGAUGGAGUAUUUACAGGCGCACGAAAGAAAUCCCGAGAUGAAUCAAGUGUUCAUCCCGAUAUGCUGACAGCAACACUUCAAGAAGAAACUACCGGAGAACGUAAAACCUCUGCCAGUUCAAGUCAUUCAAAGGGUAAAGAGAGAGAAAAAUCGGAAGGAAAUAUCUGUUUUGCAGAGGAUAAGGGUUUACAACUCGAUCAGGAUUUUGGAACCAUGGAUGGUAUUGUGAACCCAGAUUAUAGACAGCAUAGACAUCGCACCUCUGUAUCACAGAGAGGUGCUCCUACUGAUACUGCAUCAACAAAACAUUGGCCUGCUCCCGAUAGUUGGGCAGUGCAACCACCAGAUGAUAUCACUGCUGAAGAAUUACAAACACCAGCUCACUCCGCACAUAACGAUUAUUUCCCUGUGGUCGAAAACGAGAAUUGGAAUGUACCCAGUAGAAACUACUGUAUUCGUAUUUUUCGUCCGGAUGGCACCUUUGGCACUUUAAUUGUCCCCUUGGAAACAACCACACAUGAUCUUAUUCAACGGCUAGCCGGGAAAUUCUUUUUACAUGAUCUCAGUAAAUACAGACUCAGUUUAAUUACGCAUAACCACGAACGAAUACUUCAAUUAUACGAACACCCAAUUCAAAUACAAAAGACAUUACUUGAACAGAUUGGAUAUACGGAAGAGGAUCAUAUUGAGGAUGUAGGUAGAGAGGAUAAUUCGUACCUGUUUCGAUUUCGUUUUGGACCCAACGUCACUCAAACCGUAUCUGAAGAGGAAGAAUUUGGAGCUUAUCGACGUGUGGAUCUUCAAAAUAAGAAUUUGGCUACCAUCCCCAUUUUUCUCUACAGGUAUGCAGCACGUAUCACCUCAUUGGAUCUAUCACGUAACCUGAUGAUGGAGAUCCCUGUGGAUUUCGUCCAAAUGUGUAAAAACAUGAAACAAUUAUGGCUCACCAACAAUGAUUAUAAUGGCUUACCUCAGUCGAUUCGAUUCAUUCCUAAUUUGGAACACUUAAAUGUGUCGGGCAAUCAUAUCCAGGAUUUGGAACCUGCACGACUCGAUGAAUUAGAGACAUUACGUACCUUUCGAGCUUACAAUAACAAGUUAACCACAUUGCCACCUUCCUUUUCAAGCUUCAAACACCUCACCAUCCUGUUCAUCUCCAACAAUUCAUUUACGAAAUUUCCAGCUGUCAUUUGUGAGAUUGAAAGUCUGGCCUAUCUUGACAUUAGUUUCAACAAGAUUACUUGUUUCCCCGACGAAAUCUGUAACCUGACACAGUUAGUAGGCCUUUUUGCCACAGCCAAUCGAUUGACAGGACGAUUACCACCCAGCUUCUCUAAGCUUGAAAAGUUACAAGAAUUAGACCUGCGACAGAACCAGAUCACCGAUCUCGAUGAAAUCUAUCUCUUGCCUAAACUCGAAGUCAUCUCCGUGGAUUAUAACGCCAUCAGUGUAGUCAAUUAUGGAUUCAAGAACUUGAGACAGUUAAAGAUGUCCAAGAAUCAUCUCACUCAAUUCACAUUGAACCCGUUUCAUUUGGUUCAUACCGAUGGACGACCACGUAACAAGCCCUGUAUGUUGACAGAUCUAAACCUAGCCAACUGUAAAUUAUCUUCCUUACCCGACGAUCUCUUUGAAAGUGCGGGAGCUUUAGAACAUUUGAUCCUGGAUAAUAAUACCCUGAGUGCAUUACCUAGUAGUAUCGGUAGUUUGUUUCGUUUAUUACGUCUCUCCGUUCAGGGCAACAAUCUCGAAACAUUACCCUCUCAAAUAUCCAAACUCUCCGAUCUAAAAAUUCUGGAUGCUCAAAAGAACAAUCUCAAAUCAUUACCACGUGAAAUAUGGUUAUGUGCUUCUUUACAGACACUCAAUUGUUCUUCCAAUUUACUCGAUACCUUUCCAGAGCCUUUAUCCGUACCUGUGCCUACAGCUGAACCUAUGUCUAGAAUGGAUUCGGAUACCACGGUCGUGGAUUCGCCCGUACCACUGGUCGAUAAUGACGGUAAUAUUCCAGCCACGCUCUUAUCCAGUGGAUUUCAUCCACCCCCUAAUUUCAACCCUCCUUCGUUCUUUGCCAGUCCUCGUAAUCACCCACCACCACUCUCUUUAUCCUUACGUAACUUGCUUUUGGGAGACAAUCGAUUCACGGACGAUGUAUGGUCUCCGCUUUCCUUAUUCCUCGAAUUGCGUACACUCAACUUGUGUUUCAAUGACCUGUACGAGAUCCCACCCGAAGGUUUAUGUCAUCAACAUUUGUACGAACUCUACUUGUCCGGUAAUCAUCUUGCUUCUUUACCAGCGGACGAUAUUGAGAAACUCAGUUAUUUGCGCGUCUUGGCCGUGAAUGGCAACAAACUUCAAACACUACCUGCCGAGAUUGGUAAACUACGUAAGCUCCUGGUACUGGAUGUGGGUAACAAUGUGUUGAAAUACAAUAUCUCAAACUGGCCGUAUGACUGGAAUUGGAAUUGGAACCUGGGACUCAAGUACCUGAAUUUAUCAGGCAAUAAACGGCUCGAGAUCAAGAAGGCACACCCAGAGAUGCAUAACCCUAAAGAAAAAAAUCUAUCUGAUUUUGGAGCAUUGAUAAGGUUGCGCAUGUUGGGAUUAAUGGAUGUGACCAUCUUGGGUGUGUCAACACCUGAAGAAUUUCAUGAUCGUCGUGUACGUACUUCUCCCUCUGAAGUCAAUAAUAUGGCGUACGGUGUAGCUGAUUGGUUGGGUCCCAGCGACCAUCUUUCCACGUGGGAUCUGGUCAUGCCUCGAUUCCGAAACCGAGACGAUGAAUGUCUCUUUGGUUUAUUCGAUGGACGCAAACACAGCAAGACAGGGUGUAAAUUAACACGCUACUUGAACGACCAUUUGACUUAUAAUUUCACGAACGAACUUGAGAAAAACAAGAACGAUGAUACCAUUGUCUCUGCUUUACGAAGAACUUUUCUUUCACUUGAAAAGGAGUUUGGGUCGUUGAACACAGAAGAAAAGGAAACAGGUGCAUCAGCUCUCCUGUGUUACAUCUCGGGUACAAAACUCUAUGUGGCCAAUGUCGGUGAUGCUUUAGCGGUACUGUCCAGAAAUAACGGGGAAGCGCAUGAAAUCACCCAAAAACAUAUCCCCUUAAAUCCAAGCGAGAUCUCGCGUAUUCGUGCAGCAGGAGGUUAUGUCUCCAAUGCAGGUCUCUUGAACGAUGAACUCAAUGUCUCACGUAGCUUUGGUUAUUAUCACUUGAUCCCCGUCGUAAACGCCAAUCCUUUCAUCUCCACUAUCACCCUAGCAGAAAAUGACGAAUUCGUCAUCAUGGCUUCCAGAGGUCUUUGGGAUCGUAUCUCCUACCAAACCGCGGUCGAUAUCGCGCGUACUGAAAAGGAAGAUUUAAUGAUUGCUGCACAAAAAUUACGAGAUUUCGCCAUCACGUAUGGAGCCGAUGAUAAUAUCAUGGUCAUGAUUAUUGCUGUGGGGGAUUUGUUUGAUAAACGAGAUAAACGUUUUCGACGUGGUUUAGCAGGUAAUCGAUCUGCGGGAGGUAGUGCAGAUACCAUUAUGGAUGAAAAUCUUGGUAUCGCUAAAAACAAGCGUCGUCUCAAAGAUGAAUUCCCUAGUGAUUCUACUUUGGCUAGAUUGGAUCGUGAAGUACCCCCACCGACCAACCAGGUGGCAUUGGUGUUUACAGAUAUCAAGAGUUCGACCUUGUUAUGGGAUACACAACCGGAAGAUAUGCGAUCAGCCAUCAAGAUUCAUGAUGCGGUGAUGCGUCGUACAUUGCGAAGUAUCGGUGGGUAUGAAGUCAAGACGGAAGGGGAUGCGUUUAUGGUGUGCUUUCAAGAUACCAUCUCUGCUUUACUUUGGUGCUUUACAGUCCAACUGCAACUCUUAGAGGCAGAUUGGCCUGCUGGUAUUUUAGAGACUGAAGAAGGAAGAGAAAUAGAAAAGGAUCAUACAACCAUCUACCGAGGACUGUCUGUACGUAUGGGUAUUCAUCUAGGCACACCUGUCUAUGAGCGCAAUCCUAUCACGAAACGUAUGGAUUAUUUUGGUCCUGUGGUGAAUAAAGCAAGUCGAAUCUGUAAUGCAGCGGAUGGUGGACAGAUAUGUGUGUCCUCUGAUGUGAUUGCAGCACUUCGUGAGAUGCCUGGUGUAUUUGGCGAUACGGAUGAUGAUGCCAGUUCAGUGAUGACGACGGUUUCGAAUAGCCCUCAACAACAUUCGAUCAGUCGAGAUAUUCAACAGAUCAAACGACUUGGUUUCCAUGUAGUGGAAUUGGGUGAGAGAAGACUAAAAGGGUUAGAAACCCCCGAAAUGCUUUCGCUUGUGUAUCCUAAACAGUUGGCAGGACGUAUGGAGAUGGAAAAGGAUGAAGUGAUUGCGGCUCCGUCUAUUAUUUCAACACCGACACCCCACAUGGAGCAAGCUCCCAAUGCGCCUUCACCCUAUUAUGAUCAUGAAGAAUCAAGAUUACCGGCACGACAGAUUGACCCUUCCUUUGUGAUCAAUCUUAGUAAUUUGGCUAUCCGACUGGAAUCCAUUACGACGGGAGCAGUGUUGAACAGAGACACGGAGGGAGGUGAUUUGUAUACACGUACCAAUACACCGUCUGGUCUUGUGAGUAUGACAAAAUCCCAUUCUGGCAACUCCAAUUAUACAGAAGCCUUUAAUCGACGUAUCAAGGAUCAUUCAUCUGACGAAGAACUACUCAUGUUGAUUGAAAAUUUCGUGACCCGAAUCGAGAAUGCGGCUUCUUCACUUUAUUUGCAGAAAAUGGGUAACUUUGCAGGUGUGUUAGAGAAAUUGGGUGAAGCCAUUGAAUUAGAUCCCAUGCAUAUCUUGCGUGCACUUCAAAUGUAUUCAGAGGUUGCUGGAUUGACAUCAAAACCUUCAGGUCUUUAAAAAAAAGCUUUUGUACAAUAAUAAUAAAAAGAAGGUCAUCCGAGUUGAAUUUUCUCACGACAAAUAAUGGCCUCUCUUUCUCUCUCUCUCUUUCUUUUAUAAAGUUAUUUU